AUGACCAGCGCCAAAAACUUUAUUCCUUUACAUCUUCAAGAGGCUAGAGACACAAAAAUUGGCAAAUUACCUUUAACUUUGAAAUACACAAAAGAUGUGCCAUUGGAAAUAGCUCUAACUGAUUUGAAAGAAUUGAAUAUAUAUGACCUUCUAACUCGAGGCGGUGGUGGUGUCUUAAUUCGUGGUUUACCAACCAAAACGCCUGAAGCAAUCAGUAGCGCUAUCAAAUGUUUGGGUGUUGGUGAGCAAUUUUCGCAGCUUGGCGCAUCAGGCAAACGUUCUACUUUGGCAUCAGAGUUGCAAACGAGCAACGAAGGACCCAAGACUCUACGUAUGUGGCAGCACAAUGAGAGAGCAAGGUAUACAACAUUUCCUACUCAUAUUAUUUUCUCUGCCUACCGCUUUACACCAUUGUCAGGCGGUAGAACUCCGAUUUGUUCCAGUAUUGAGGUAUUUGAAAGAAUUGAGAAGGAGCUCCCGGAAUUUCUAGAUGAGCUUGUCAAGCGCAAGUUAAUAACCAAGCAAUACUACCCCCACCCAAGUCGCGUUGGUAAAGACAACCCUUUCUCAUGGAGGCAAGCUGACACAUUUGGUCACAACAUACUUCCAGAGGACGAUGACGCUACAGCUCACCAAAAAGCCGAGAGUAAAGCUAAGGAACUCGGAGAAGUUACGUGGGAUGAGGAUGAUGCACUUACUGUAACAAUGAAAUUACCUGGCGUGAGACGUAUCAAAGGCCACGCUACCUUCUUCAAUGGUCUGGGUGGAAGAUGGGGUAUGAUCAAACAACGCGGCGCUGUGGAUUAUCCACAUAUUGGAAGAGACGGUAUGAAGUAUUUGCCACCACUUUACGGGGACGGUAGCAGUAUCCCAAUUGAGUAUCUAGAUAAAGUGCUGAAGAUUCAAGAAGACGUCACCAUUUAUAUCCCUUGGCAAGAAGGAGACAUACUGGUUUUAGAUAACUUCAGAGUGCAGCACGCGAGAGAGCCUUGGAGUGGUGAGCAGCAUGACAGAAUUAUCUUAGCAAGUCUCCGAGAUGAUGGAAGUAAAAUAGACGACUUCUAGUUAUAACAAAUGAUUGUAUAGUUU